GUUAAAUUCGUCAUAAGAUGUUAAAUUUAUGUCCAAUAUUUUUCACGUUCUAUGUGUCCUGAAUCUGGAUUAUAUCUCCUUCGUCCUUUUUUACUCCGUGCGCGGGCUAACUCGAGACAAUGUCGGGCGGCGGAGCGACAGGCCUAGUUACAAUGAAGGCCACAGCCGUGUUUCCCCAGCCCACUUCACACAUGCCAGCACAACAUACUCAAGCCGCCGGGCUGCAACCAAACAGUGUUAUCCAAGCGAACAGCGUUUUCAACCAACAAAUGCAACAACAGCAUUUACUCCAACAGCAACAACAGCAGCAGCAGCAACAACAACAGCAACGCGCCCAACAACAUACUCAGGCACAACACCAACAACUCCAUCGUUUGUCUCAACCGCAUUCGAUAUCUGCCACCCAUCCUUCUCAAACAACUGCUGCCGUUAACAAUGCACAAACCAGUGUUUUUCCUCCUGCGGAAUUUUUUCAAACCUUGCAGCAAACAGCAGCUGCUCUGCCUACUGUCCUACCCUACGAUCAGUCUCAGUACAUUGGACAACUGAUGUAUUUUCCCUAUCCAACGGCUGCUGCGGCCGCUGCGAAUGGCCUGUUCGGUUCUCCGUCUGCCACUGACUCUCAGCAUAUCACAGUGUGCUCCGCAGCCCAAGUGACCCCGGUCAACGUAGUUAAUCAAGUUUCAAGCAACAACACCGGCCAAAUUAUUGGUGGACCGAGUUUGGUUUCUACUACUCCAGGUGGGAUGGUUGCUCUCAAUCAUGCCGCCGCCCCAUCAGGUCAAGUACAUAGUGCAACCCACCUGCUUACCUCAGGACCGGGCAUUGUGGGGCUGGGCGCUGGAUCCAACACCGUUUCUGGAACACCUGCGUUGGCUCCUGCGUCGCUUGCCCCUCUUUUCACUACUGCUCACUUUUAUCCGCACCACCAGCAGUCGCAGGACCAAGCUAGUCAAUCACAACUCCAACUCCAGCACAGUUUACAACAGCAGCAUAUCCACAACCCUCUCCAAAUGCAACAACAUAUUCACACCCUUUCUGGUCACUCUGCGAUGCAUGGACAAGUCCCAUCCACAACCCCGGUUAUAGUCCCUGGACAGGUUCACCCCUCCGGUGUGGCUCAACUAAAUGUGGUGAAUUCACAGGUGACAAAUUCACAGCGACAUUUGAAUAAUACCACAGGUAAUGGAACUACCUGCAGCACUACGACCAAUAGUAGUAACACUAAUUCUACCACCCCUGUUAAGAACAGCGUUCCAAACUGUGACGGAACCGUCAAGCCUGAUGACCCUGUCCAUUCAACUCCCAAUCAGACACCUGUAAAAGGCAACGAGUCUGAUAUGAUGAAUCAGAACUCCCAACUAACCGGUCAGUCACAGAACAGCAACAGUGGACUCGAUGUCAGUUCCUCCUCAACUAAACGGGACAACAGCGGAACCGGCCAUUUCGUGUGUAGCGUUUGCGGACGCGAAUUCGGUAUGCGUUGUCGUCUGAUUGCACAUACAAGGCGUCAUACUGGCGAGAGACCAUUCCCUUGUGCCGAUUGCGGUAGAGCUUUUUCCGACCGUGGAAAUCUGCAACGCCAUCGAUACACCCACUCCAGUCAACCUCGGUUCCAUUGUUCUGUGUGUGGAAAGUCUUUCAGACAGGCCUCCUGUUUGUCUAAUCAUCGACGUUUCCAUUGUGCCGGUGCGACCGGACGACCAUGUCCCUUUUGCCAGCGGUCAUUUCGCUCGUCAUCUAGCCUGCAGAUGCACAUCCGGUGGAAACAUCGAGAAGAUGCAGCAGCAGCGGUUGCUGCCGCUGCAGCUGCGGCCGCCGUUAGCGGGACCACGUCGAUCUCAGAUGCCUUCAGUUAUCUUCCUGGGUUGACUUCCUACGUUCCUACAGUCAGCAUGAAUGGUCUUCCACCAAUGUCUAUGAAUGGCGGAGGUUCCCUCGAUCUGCAGGGCUCUAGUCUCCUUUCCGCCGCAGCAGCAGUGGCUGCAUCGGCGGCCGUUGUGAACAACAGCAGCAUGGUAUCUGGCAUGUCCUUGCACAGCACGUCCGGGACCGCAUGUACCUCGACUACAUCGGCAACUUCCACGCUUUCGUAUGCUGCUCCGUUCAGCAUGUUAAAUCCGAUCAUGACUACUAGCACAAGCUCUCCGAACAAAAGAAAAUGGCGCCGAAAACCAAAACCAAAACAAAAUGCGUUUGGGAAGAUAACUGGUGAUGGUAUGAACAUUCUGGCCGGAAUCAAUCUCAGCGAAGGAAUCGAUGUGAACGCAGCAGCUGCGGCCGCAGGAGCGGCGGCUGCCGCGGUAGGAGGUCCAGUCCCGUUGGAUCGCAAAGGAAGACCGUGUAAUUUCCCUUGCCCAGCAUGCCCCAGGCGAUUUGCAUUUCAGUGCCGACUCGCAGCUCACUUGCGUUGUCACACAAACAUUCGUCCAUUCAUUUGCAUUGACUGCGGGCGCGCCUUCACACAACGGGGAUACUUAGUCAGACACGCGGCCGUGCAUAAACUGGACCGUCCAUUCACUUGUGGCUUAUGCGAUCGAUCCUACAAGCAUUACGGCUCAUUGGUCAAUCACAAACGCACGCACAGCAAAAUGGGAGUUUCCGGUAUGGGGAAUAUCGCUCUUCUCUCUAGCAGUACGGUGGACCAGUUAGGUUGCGAUGUUUCGACUACCACGGUCACUGGCCUGUCGAGUCUGGAAGAAGUUGUUGCUGGGACAGUGGUUCGAUCAGAAAAGACCGACGGAUCGGACCCGCUGGGAUCUACGGCAACCUCUACCACAACUAUUACCCUACUUCCUGUCAGUAAGGUAGAAGAAAUUCUACCCACGGAUCUCGGCAGCUCUUUACAACAAGUUUGUCUCCCGUCUGGUAAUCUCAUGAAUCUUUCGGAUAGGCAUCACACUGAGGGCGUAUCUUAUGCACAGUCUCAUUCAUUGCCACACCAGCUUACAGCUACGGCUGUCUGGCCGAUUCUUGCUUCGGGCAACCCGACUCCACAAACCCAAAUGCUUGCAUCCACGAACGUGUCACAAACCAUGGUCUCUGCAUCACACUUUCCCUCUAUCACGAUCUCACCCUCUCAGGGAAUACAAGCUGGUCAACCCAACCCACAUCAGCUUUCUAUCGCAACAUCACAACGGCAGCAACAACAGAUCCCGCAGUCUGGCAAUACUACCAUGCUCUCAGCUGCCACUGCAACACCGGCGUUUGUCACCGUUCCACUGUUUGGUAGUCAACCCCAAGUGGAAAGCAGCGAGACAGCUACUUCACAUCACCCACACAAUCCAUUCCACGGUGCGAGUUCCUUAGUCAGUACGGCGCCAGCCUCUGAUGCAUCACAGACAGCUCACCCCCACCAGCAGUCAAUCGCACAGAGUGCUCAAAUGUCAGUCCACCACCCUGGCUCAAACCAAACACAGUCUACUCCAGGUGAUGCCAACAGUAACACGCCUGUGCUUCAUGUGUUACAACCUUCACCGAGCAUUUUCUUCUCUUCUUAUUAUUUACCACAUACUGCUGCCUCACAAAUGUAGAUUACGUCAGCCAUCCUCCAUUGACCAGAAUUGAACUUCGUAGAUUUCUGCGCGCGCACAUUGUUAAAUUAUGUUCGAAAUUACUUCUCGCUCUGGAUUCUCGGUAUAGGCCAACCGGUUCGCGGUUCGCCAGUCCUCACCAACACGUUCAUGCGUUCGACCGGUCUACCGAGUAGCGCGUGGAUGACCGCGCACGCCUGUGAUCUCGCCGCCCGUGCCCUGUCUGUCCCGUCCGCUUUUCCACUACCUGUCAAUGUAUGUAUAUUCAUUUUUAUCAUGCAUUUCUUAUCGGAGAUCGUGGGGUUUCCGGGCGGCGGCAAUAUGAACAUCAACGGUAGCAGCUGUUUUUUGCUCAUUCCACAACUGACGCCUCUCCUUUAUGUUAUAUAUCUUUUGUUUUAAUCCAGUCUCAUUUGAAAGUCUAACCAACUCAUGUCUGAUGUCAUGAAGAUAAAGGUCAACAGUUCUCUGUUCUGAAGCCGGUCUCGUUUUAAACAUUUUUUCUCUUUUAUACCUUAUUAAAAUUCAGUGAGAAUUUCAAUUGCCCGUCUACCAAGCAUGCGGGUGUUCCUUGUUUGUUUUCCAAUGUCCAAUGUAAACACGUUCGUAUGCUUUGGCCUUUCUAAUGAAACUUGAUUUCACCAUUGAUUUCGCUCAUCUUUUUUCUUCCACAUCGAUCCGUGUCUAUUUUUGAGGUUUAUCAUGUAGCCUGCAUCGGACUAGGUCUCAUUUCGGAAAAGAUUUCAACUCACAUGCGUCCGGUUCAUUUUCUCAAAGCUACUCUCGAUACAAACAACUAAUUUUUGAUCAAGUUCGAAGGUAUUCUGCGCGACCGUGUGUCUUUUCAUUUCAAAGUGUGCUUCUUUAUUACCUCCCAGUGGACAGUUGUUGUUUCCAAACUGGCGUUCUAUUUUGUCGAUCAAGUUCAACGCUUAUACCUGCUUGUUUUCUAAUCCCAUCACAACCAUCAGUACUGCUCGCUUCUGUUGCUUGCCGAUACGUUUGUUUGUGUUUCAGUCCCGAUUCAUAAUGUAUUUAGUUUUGUAAUCAAUCGAACCGUACUCAAAUGGACAGACAGGCGUUUCAACUGCAUGCUUUAUCUUAUACUCACUUUCGCGUUUUCAUCCAUCCGAAUGCAACCAGAAACACGUAUGCUACACUCAGUCACACGUUGUGAACAGUGUGUCCUCUAAUCCAAACCACACCCCACUUCCAAAAAUUACCCGAUGGUAUGCAUAUAUUUUUUCUCAUCAUUGUCUUCCUCGCUCCAAUGUCGCCCGUCGGUCUUUGCCGCUUCAUUUGCCCAUACGCGUAUAUGAUCACAUUCUCUACUUGGGUGUGAAUAUUAAUUAUAGUCCUCGCCGUUUUUCAGUGAGGUACAUGUUCCUGUAAAAAUGAAACGUAACUUUUCCUAUGUUGUAGAAACG